AUGGGUUGGCAUAAUGGUGAUAAUCAUUUAGCAAGCAUGGAUGGUGAACAAGGACCGCCAGGUUUGCCAGGAGUGAAAGGAGAAAGUAGUGAUACUGGACUUGUUGGACUGCAAGACCCUCAAGGUAUACAGGAACCAAACGUUGACGAAGGUGGUAAGGGAGACCAAGGUAUCAAGGGUGACAGAGGAUUGCAAGGGGCGAAAGGUAACAAGGGAGAUAUCGGACCCCAGGGUUAACAAGAUAAUGCUGGACCACAGGGACCAAGAGGAAAUACUAGUGUACAAGGCCCCAAAGGCAAUACUGGAAACACUGGACUACAGGGAAAUACUGGUUCACAAGGA